AUGACGGUUACAAAGCGAAAUGUCGUGGUGAUCGGUGCCACUGGCUCUCAGGGCGGAGCUGUGGUUGCGGAAUUACUGGAGCACCCUCGUCUAUAUAAUGUCCGGGCCAUUACCCGUAACACCACCAAGCCUAAGGCCCAGAAGCUCGCUGCUCAGGGAGUUGAACUCUUCUGUGCCGACUUAGAGAGUGGCAGAGAGGCUCUAACCGCGGCCUUCGCUGGUGCGGAUGUGAUCUACGCUCUGACUGACUUCUGGCAGAAGCAGUCGGCAGCAGCUGAGAUUGAACAGGGUAAGGCUAUUGCGGAUGCUGCUGCCGAAAUCACAACGCUGCAGCACUUCAUCUGGAGCGCUUUGCCAGACCCUGUUGCCCUAUCAAACGGCCAAUUCCGGAAUGUGCAUCACUGGAUGGGUAAAAAUAUAAUCACCGAGUAUAUCCAGACCCAGAAACCGGACCUGUGGGCAAAGACGACUACCGUUCUGUUCCCCAAUUACUUUGAGAACACUUUGACCGAUCCCCAGCGGUAUCUGCCUGUCAAGGACGCCAAUGGCACCUACAACCUCAGGUUCCCGCACAGCCCGCACACGGUUCUGCCCAAUGUGGCAAUCGGUGAUACCGGCAAGCUGGUGCACCUGGUCCUCGAAGCUGGCUCCACCUACUUCACCAAGACCAUCGCAUUCUGGGCUCAGGCGUUGUCUGAGGCCGACAAGCUCGCUGAGUUGGGCUCCUGCUACAAUGUUCCGACGGACUAUCACGCAUCCAGCUCUAGCGAAUUCCAGCAGCUUCUCAUGACCCGGGACGGCAUGUCGGAGGACAUUGCUUUGGAUUUUACCGAGCAGUUGCUGAUUUUUGAAAAGUGCGGAAAUGUCUACGCACGGGAGGAGUUUGUGCAAGCCAAGGACAUUCCUGGACUCAAACUUCAGACCUGGUCCGAGUUCAUUCGCCAGCACAAGCUGCUCUAA